AUGGGUCGUCCUUCAUUUGAUUCUUUUCUUAAUUUUACAAGAAGUAAAGUGAAUCAUGUUGAUUCUACGACAGGUUUUCCAAUUCAUUCGAAUAUUUUUCAAGAAAUCUUCGAUCUAAACAAACCAGUUAUUCGUCGUGGAAAAGAUUUUCUUACAAAAAUUCAUAAAAUGAAUCUUAAAUCCGACGGUAACCUACAUCCAACAGCAUGUAUUGUUCUUGAUGUUAUUCUCGCUCUGGAAUCUGUUCGAUGUCAAUUUGGUCCUUUGCAACAACUCAAAUUGACCUUUAAUUCGGCAUCAAAUGCUUCAAUUAUUUAUAAAAAAUGGCUUUCUUCAUCAGCUAAAUUUGUUAGUGGUGGUACAGAAUGGAACUGUCUCAAUGAAACAACACAGAAACCAAUAAUAAUUAUUCAACGUCUAAUAUUAUUUCAAUUGAAAAAGAAACAAAUUAUUAUCAAAACAUUAAAUGAUACUAAUCUAAGUUCACUUGUUUGUUUUUCUAACAUCAAAAUGAGUCUCACAUUAGAACAAAGUAGUUCAAAAACACCAACAAUAUCUCGCAAUAAACGAGCGGUAGUUACAGUACCUGGUGCAAGCGUAUCAUCCACUUCAUGGUCCUUUAUUCCACUUACACCUCAUGGUAAUGAAAUUUUCUAUCCUGGAGAAAUGAUUAAUAUACGAUGGUCAUAUUCGAACAUCGACGAAAUGACUGAUCUUAAAAUUACACUGAAUCGAAAACGAACUAUGUGGUUGGAUAUUGAAAUAGAUAAAAUGAAAACGUAUAUCAAUGUUCAACAAAUAACAUACAUUAUUCCACCAUCAUUGGAAACAUCUUCACAUUAUCAAUACUAUUUACAAUUUUCUUUCACACGUAAACUUUUGUCUUAUGAGAGAGAAAGUGCGACCUUUCAUAUUUCAACUCGUCCAUCGAUCAUUCUACGAUCUUCACCUACUUUGAACGAUGUCUAUUAUCCAGGUGAUUUAGUUCCGAUAAUAUGGGAAAGUCAUAAUUUUGACUUCUCAACAACUAUUACUGUUCGAUUUCGUCGCGUACGUUUAUCAGUAAUAAUUGAUGCUAUAUUAGAUACAUUUACAGUAUCAGCCAUAGCUAAUGGAUAUAAUUAUACGAUUUUUUCAUCAUUAGAUAGAACUGAUAAUGACAAAUAUUAUUAUUUUGAAUUUGAUUAUUGUACAUCUUGGUUAUCAUUAAAUUGUAAACAAUCAACAAAUAAUUUCUUUAUUCCUACUCGACCGUAUUUACAUCCAACAUUUCCAUCUGUAGACGAAUGGUUUUUCCCAUCACAAUUAUUAAUACUUACAUGGACAACUGCUAAUUUUGAUAAUCUCAAUGAUCUUUUAAAAAUAAAACUUCGACGUUAUAAUUAUUUCUUGCCUGAUAGUGAUAUUGAUCUAUUUCAAUGUAGAAUUGAUUCUAGUGGAAUGUGUACAUAUACUUUAUCUUCAGUUCCAGCGUCAUUUUCUGACUAUUAUUUUGAAUAUGAUUGGUGUAAAUAUUGGUAUUCUAGACAAUGUACAACUAAAACUAAUCGAUUUUCUAUUUCAACACAAACGAUUGGAUCAUGGAACUAUGAUAUGAAUCAUGCCGAAGCAUUUCAUCCUCAAAAACUCUAUUCAAAUACUUGUGAUAGUUUAUGUCCAACAAAAGAUUCUCAACAAGAUUAUAUAUGUCGAAUGUGUGAUGAAGGUCGAUCAUUGGGUAUUGAUUUGACUUGUAUUAAUUGUUGGGCUGCCUAUGAUUAUAGUCUUAUUCAAAUUGAUCUUGUUCAUAAAGAUAAUUCAUUAAUAUUAGAUUAUCUUACUGUACGUAUUUCUUCAAGUAUUUUAGUUAAUAUGGAUUUUUCUAUUAUCGCUAAUUAUUCAAGUAUUUUUAGUGGUAAUUUAUCAUUUCCAUCAAUUCCUAUUAUAAAUUCAAUUCCAUUUACUAUUGGGAAUAUUCCAUUUGAUAUAGGUCUUUCAUUUUCAGUAUCUAUUCCAUGGCAUAUCGAAGUUAAUACAAUUAAUAAUCUAACAGUUGGUGUUGAUUAUAAAUUGGAAACAAAUUUAACAUUAAUUAGUAGAGAAGGAAGUACAACAAAAAAAUAUAAUCAAACACUUUUACGUAAUAAUCAUCCAAUAGAAGGAGAUUUUCAAGAUAAGAUUAAAAUUGAUCUUGCUCUUCGGCCAGCAUUACAACUAGAUAUUGGUAUAUUUACACUUGAAAUAGCUACGGAAGGUUAUCUUAUAUUUGAAAAUCUAUGGCGUUAUCCUCCAUUUGAUUCUCUUUCAACAUUAAAUUUUAAUUGGAAUAAUGAAAAACCUUCUCAAUUUCAUCUUUCAAUUCCAUCAAAUGCAUGUAUUUAUCCUCAUUUUAUUCGAUAUCAUAUUAUAUUUGGUAUUCGUCGAACAGAAAUUAAGUUUUUUGUUAGUAUGAAGAGUUUACUUAACGAAUUGUUCAAUAAUGUUACUCUAUCAUAUUCAACACCAUCGAUACUCGAUCUUGGUCCAUAUGAAUUAGUAGCUGGGUGUAUGUUUAUUGCACAUCAAAAUACAGACAUUCCAAAAACAAUUUAUUUAGUCUUCAAUCGAAAGUUUAAUCAAACAAUUGAUCCGACUAAUAAUUAUUUAUCAAAAACAAUCUUGUUUGAUUUAUCAUAUGCAUUGAAUGUAUCACAAACACGUCUCUACUGUAAUAGGAUAUAUAGUGUUCAACACGAUACAAUGACUGGUGUUAUGAUUACAUUGUUACCAGCAUCUUCACCAUAUACUAUAGAUGAAACAGUUGUCAAACUAUUAGAAAAACUUGAAAAUCAACAAAUAAAUACAUCUUCCGCACUCUAUUCGGGAAUAAUUAUACAUUUACUUAAUCUUCAACAAACACUCAGUGCCAAUACUUUAGGAUCAUCAGUAAACAACAGGCCAAUGUAA